AUGGGGCUUCCCCAUAUCACCACAUACAAGCCAUCCUGGUGUACCCUCAUGCCGCAUCCCAUGUCAUGGUGUGUGGAUUUUCACCUGGUGCUGAGGCUCAGCUUUUCCCCUCCAGCCCUCAUCACUUCCCACACCCUGUACAGGGGCUGCAGGGCCACCUGUGUAGUUCCCAGCCUGGCUCUGCAUGGAGAGCUCUGACUGCUUUGUGCAUGUCCUUUAAAGGCCUUCUCCCUUCAAGCUGCUCCCUUGGCAGCUCCUUCUGCCACAAAUGCAAUUGCUGUGCUGCUGGCAGCGUGCACUGCUUGGUGCCCUGGCUCCCAUCCCUGGGGUCCCAACUGCGCAGAGGGCUGGGGCUGAGCUGGGGCCUUUUGGGACGGAUUCAGGCAGGUGUAUGAGUCCUGGAGCCUCUGUGCUGUGCGGAUGAAGCCAAGGGUGGACACUGUGCUGGGAGUGGGGAAGGAGGUGCAUGGAAGAGCCCAGGGGCGUGCAGCACGGCGACAGCGCAGGGGCUGCCGGAAGACCCCCCCACAGAGCAGGGAGCAGCAGGCAGAGCCAGACAGGCUCCUCACAGCUCCGGAUGAAGGAAGGAUGAGCAGUCCCCAGGAGCACCUGGAUAGAGUUUUGGCUGGGAGCAAGGAGAGCAUGGAGAGUGUCAGUGAGCACCAGGAAGGGGUUUGGCCUGAAAGUGCCCCUUCGCAGGAGCCGGACACAGAGGAGAUGGCUUUUUGCACUGGAGAUGGCGAUGGGAUUGAGGAAGGUGAAGAAACCACAGAGGAGCUGCUGCUCAGUUUCCCCAGUGAGGUCUCAGUGCUGGAGAGAUUGGGACUGCACAGCACUAAUUUGACGGAGCAGGACGUGGAGACAGCCUUUGCCCACCUCGCCCUGGCAUUUCGCUGCGACACGUUCACCCUGCAGCAACGGGUGCAGGUAGAGAAGCGAGCACAAGAUGCAGCAGAGGAAAACAUCCGGGAGGAGCUGGGGCAGUGCCAGACUUUCCUAGAGAGGCUGAGCACAUCCUGCAUGGAUGUAAGCUACAAGGAGGUGCUGGAGCAGCUGCAAUGCAGCCUGGAUGUGCUGGAGGCUGCCAUCAAACGUGCCACCAGUGCUGCGGAGAAGCUGGGGGCUGUACACCAGGAGGCACGGAUGAGCCGAGCGGCAGAGGUGAUGGUCCAACAUGUGGAGAACCUGAAGCGUCACCACCUGCGUGAGCAUGCUGAGCUGGAGGAGAUGAAGUGCCUGAUCCAGCAGAACUCCCGCAACCAGCAGUUGGCAGAGACCCAGGAUGGUGCAGAGCAAUGGCUGAGGCCUCACCCCUUGAUGCGAGGUUUCCAGCAGGGGUCUGUGCGCCGCAGAGUCAGCAUCGCUGUCAUCCCAAAGCAGCUCUUGCCAACUUCUGGCGUGGAUGGCCGAGCAACUCUGGCUGGUGGGCCUGAGGGCACCCAACACCAGCCCAGCACCCAGAGGAGCAAACUGGAGCUGCCAAGCCAGGGCAGUAUGGUGAGCGAGGGACUGGCGGUGGAAGCUGGUGGCAAGGAGUUGGAAUCAAGCACAGGGGGCGAGGAGCUGGGGCAGCUCAGGAUGAUGUCCAAGGAGUCCCCUGUGGAGCUGUGGCAGCCGUGGCUCUUCAUCUCACAGCCCUACUGGGUUGUGUUUUGUGUGCUUCUCCUGAGCAUCGUCUUCCUCCUCCUCCUCCACCUCCUGGAGCUGAAGCAGCUGCAGCCCACAGCAACACCCAAAGUUUAGCUUCACCCACUCCCCAUCACUGCUCCUGACCCACCCUAUAAACCACAGAGGCCGUAGAAUAAUAAAAUUGGAGGAAAAAAUGGGGAGUUUUGAUGCGGGAGCAAAGGGUGACGACCUGUGCUUGGAGCUUGUAGGCACAAAGCUGUAGCAGCCCGCAGCCCUGCGAUGAAUUUCCUGGUUCUCAUUAGAACCAGUGCCAUUGCACUGUGAGGGAUACAAGGAUGUCCCUUGUGUGUCCCCUUUCCCUUGGGGACAGUGCCCAUGACCAACGUAGUUUUGCUUUAGGGCUGUGUCCCAGGAAUGCUCUCUUUGGCCCUGCACUGUAGGGAACACCACCACCUUAGCCUGUGUCCUCAACCCUGGCAUGGGCAUGCAGGGAGAGGAAAGGUCUGUAGC